AGAUAACAGUGAGGGAGUCAGCCGUGACGAAAUUCGCGAACUUCGUCGGGCUACGGAUUUAUCUCUCAGGGCGACUAAAGAAACAGCACGUGCUAUUGGUAGAUCUAUGGCUGCUUUGGUUUCUACAGAAAGACACCUUUGGCUUAAUCUUUCAGAUAUUAAAGAUAAAGAUAGAUCUUUUCUUUUAGACGCUCCCAUUUCUCAUGAAGGUCUGUUUGGUGAUGCUGUGAAUGAAGUGGUUGAAAGAUUUCAAGAAAAUAAAAAGCAAUCUGAAGCUUUUAAAAGUUUUCUCCCUCGCCGUUCUAAUCCUGAUGCUGCUGGGCGUGCAAGGCAGCCCCAGCCAUCAUGCUCCUCAUAUCGUGUUUUUCAAAAAGAGAGUGUUGCGUCUCGCGCUCCUCCUCAAAAAUCACGGGGACCGAGCCAGCACUCACAGCCAAAGCAAUCUAAGCAGAAGCCGGAUCUGAGGACCGUUCUUCUCGCUAAGAAAGCUUCGGCUCAGAAGAAAAGGUCCUGACGCCAAAUGGGUCAGACCUGUGAGGGCAGCCCCAAUCGAGACAGUGCGGUGUACACCUCAGUAUACGGUGCCCGUCCGGUCUCGGUGCUCUCACGGGGCCGUCCUGCCAACCCCGCCACCCUUGGUGCCUCGGGGCGCAGCGGUCUCCAGCGGGUCUCUGGCGCUGUGUCUCCCAGACGCUGCGUCAGGCUCGCUCCCUCUGAGGGGGGUCCAAGAGCAGUUAGCUCGGGUGGUUCCUGCGCUUCGGCUUCAGGUCCCCGAACUAGCUGUUCUAAUUACACCAGAGGCCAGCCUCGAGAGGCUGGUUCCCUUAGUAGAAUGUCUGACAGAAUGGAAAAGUCUGCCGAAUAUAUCUCAAUGGGUCCUGCAGAUAGUAGAGAAGGGCUACAGAAUCCAGUUCGGUUCUCGUCCCCCACGCUACAACGGGGUGUUGCUCACAGUAGUGCAUCCCGAGCAGGCUCUGGUCAUGGAGCAAGAAGUGAAAUCUCUUUUAGCGAAAAAUGCUAUAGAGCAGGUGUAUCCUCCCGACAGGGCAUCGGGUUUUUACAGCCGUUAUUUCAUUGUUCCAAAAAAGGAUGGAGGGCUGCGUCCCAUUUUAGAUCUUCGUCUGUUGAAUCGUACAGUUCAGAAAUUAAAAUUCAAGAUGCUGACACUCAAACAGAUCGUGACUCAAAUCAGAUCCGAGGACUGGUUCGUCACAAUAGACCUAAAAGAUGCGUACUUCCAUAUCUCCAUCCUCCCUCAGCACAGGAAGUUCCUAAGGUUUUCUUUCGGGGGCAAAGAAUACCAGUAUCGGGUACUUCCCUUCGGUCUAGCUCUCUCACCCCGCACAUUCACGAAAUGCGUAGAUGCAGCUCUGGCCCCGCUCAGGCUGCAGGGCAUACGUAUUCUGAAUUACCUGGACGACUGGUUGAUUUUAGCAGAAUCAGAACAGUUGGCGGUUCGGCAUCGAGAUGUCGUCCUCGCUCAUAUGCAAAAGUUGGGUUUGAGGCUCAAUACCAAGAAGAGUGUGCUAUCUCCAUUACAGAGGACCACUUUUCUUGGGGUGGUAUGGGAUUCGGUCACGAUGCGAGCCUCUCUUUCGCCCGCUCGUGUAGCCAACAUCCUCGCAGCCACUUCGGAGCUAAAGCUAGGCCAGUCACGCACUGUAAAACAGUUCGAGAGAUUGUUGGGUCUCAUGGCAGCAGCGUCCAAUGUGAUCCCCUUUGGCCUGCUGGGCAUGAGACCUUUACAGUGGUGGCUCAGGACCAGAGGGUUCUCCCCGAGGGGAAACCCACUUCGUACGAUCAAGAUCACGCGGCGGUGUCUCCGCGCCUUGGUCAUAUGGAGAGAACACUGGUUCCUGUCCCAGGGUCCGGUAUUGGGAGCUCUUUGUCAUCGGGUUACCAUCUCGACAGAUGCUUCCCUUACCGGCUGGGGAGCGGUAAUGGAAGGCCGCUCAGCUCAGGGUCUGUGGGAGAGCCAUCAUCACUCUUGGCACAUCAACUGCCUGGAGAUGAUGGCUGUCUUCAAAGCUUUGAGGCACUUCCUGCCAGACCUGAGGGACCAUCAUGUGCUGGUCCGCACAGACAAUACAUCGGUGGUCUCUUACAUCAACCGUCAGGGGGGUCUGCGCUCGCGCCCACUCUGCAAAUUAGCGCACCAGAUCCUCCUGUGGUCUCUGGGGAAAUUACGCUCUCUGAGGGCGAUGUAUAUACCAGGGACUCAGAAUAUUGGAGCAGACACCCUGUCGAGGCAGGUGCUGAGGCCAGGGGAAUGGAGGCUUCACCCGGAGGUGGUGGAGCUCAUAUGGGAAUGUUAUGGCCAAGCAGAAGUGGAUCUGUUCGCUUCUCAGUACACGACGCACUGUCCACUAUGGUUCUCCCUUACUCAUCCAGCCCCCCUGGGGUUGGACGCUAUGGUACAGAAGUGGCCGAGGCUACGUCUGUACGCCUUUCCCCCUGUUGCUCUGCUCCCAGGAGUUCUGGAGAGAGUCCGCCAGGACGGAGUAAGUCUACUUCUCGUAGCUCCACACUGGCCGAGUCGAAUCUGGUUUGCGGACCUGAUUCAUCUCCUCGACGGUUCUCCCUUGGAGAUCCCGAUCAGGAAAGACCUUCUAUCUCAGGCCGGGGGCACUAUAUUUCACCCCCGGCCAGAGAUUUGGAAGCUUUGGGUGUGGCCUCUGAGGGGGCGCAACUCAUAGAGAGUGGUCUCUCAACUGAGGUUGUGGAGACCAUUCUUAGCUCCAGAGCUCCAGCUACGAGGAAACUUUAUAGACUCAAAUGGAAUGUUUUUUCUUCUUGGUGUUACCAACAUCAGUGUGACCUCGUCCACUGCUCUGUUGGCUCAGUUCUUGAGUUUUUACAAGACCGCUUCGCUUCUGGUCUAUGUCCAUCCACCUUAAAAGUUUACGUGGCGGCCAUCUCGGCUUUCCACGCCCAAGUGGGUGGUGCAUCUCUGGGUCGAGACCCUCUUAUCUCUCGUUUCCUUCGUGGCACCUUGAGGCUGAGACCUGCAACUCGUUCUAGAGUGCCGGCCUGGGACCUGGCUAUAGUUUUAGAAGGCCUUUCUAGGGCUCCGUUUGAGCCCCUAGAUUCGGUCUCUGAGAAGUUUCUUUCGUUUAAGACUACUUUUCUCCUUGCUAUUUCGUCCCUUAAAAGAGUCGGAGACCUUCAGGCUCUCUCGGUUUCUCCCACCUGCCUUGAAUUUGCACCUGGGAUGGUCAAAGCAUUUCUCUACCCGAAGCAGGGAUACGUCCCUAAGGUACCGACCGUUGUUCCGAGACCUAUUGUUCUGCAGGCUUUCUGUCCUCCCCCGUUUGCAUCGUCGGACCAGGAAAAGUCUAACCUCUUGUGCCCGGUGCGAGCAUUGGACACUUACGUUCAUCGGACUUCUUCUUUUCGGAAAUCCGAUCAGCUGUUUGUUUGUUUCGGGUCACCUAAGAUAGGUCUUCCUGCCACUAAACAGACACUUAGUAAGUGGAUAGUUGGGGCUAUCCUUCUUGCCUAUGAGUCUUCUGACCUACCGUGCCCUUUGGGGGUCAGAGCUCAUUCUACUAGGAGUAUGGUGGCCUCUAGAGCCUUAUUAUCUGGGGCCUCUCUUCAGGAUGUUUGUGAUGCGGCAGGCUGGUCCUCGCCACUCACAUUCGUCAGGUUUUAUAGCCUAGACCUGGACGCUACUCCCGGGUCUCAGGUUUUUAAUUCUAGAGGCGUUGGGUUUUCUGUCUGACACUCAGGCACUUGUAAUAUGGCGGUUUGGGUAUUCUCGUUCCCAAAGCGUUAUCGACGCAUCGUCUCUCCCUCGAUGGGGAACGUCUCGGUUACGUCUGUAACCUCGGUUCCCCGAGAAGGGAACGAGACGAUGCGUCUCCCUGCCAUACUUCCUUCAUUCCUGUGAUCGACUUGCUUCGGCACUGUCGAAGCUAACACCGGUUGCUCCGGUUGGGGUUUUUAUCAAUUCCUGGUCGUGACGUCACUCCUGACGCUCACUCUCGCCAUUGGACUAGUUGACAUGGAUGCUUCAGACGCACUCACGCAGAAUGCGUUCCCAAAGCGUUAUCGAC